AUAUCUCUGUUGUGAUACACAUACUGCCGAUAGACAAGCCACGCUGACAUACAUUCAAUUUUGCGCUCGAGACUCGUCACUAUGUCGCGCGUUUCGUGUCGUGCGCCGCCAGCUUGCGCGACAUUCAGUAUAACCCUACGAAAGAUUGGAUUGAUUCAUGCGCCGAGAAAUGUAUGCGUGCGGGGCGUAUUAAACCGAGGAGCCAGUCUCGGGCGCAGUCAAACUUUCCAGUCCCGGCACACGGAGGUGUUGCAGGACCCCGAGUGGUGGGGAGCUGAGGCACCGGACCACGAUGUGGCGCCCGCAGUGACAGCGGUGCCCCCCACCAACACCACGACCCGCGCCGACCUUCGCUUGAUCUUAACCUUCACCAACUAUCUCAAGGCCCACAAGCUGGACUUCUCGGCACUGUUCUGUGCAGAGCCGCUGCUGUCAGCGGACGCGGCGCCCAUAUGCGACGUCACAGCAGGACACCACGCCGAGUUGCUGUCUGAGUACCUCACCAGCGGGCAGCUGCGUGUGGGCGAAAACCUACCGCACUGGUUUUUAAAUGGCAACGUGCGGGGGGCUAUCAAGACCUGGAUGGCCACACGGCCGGCGGCAGUGGCGCUGUGUGAGGCCACGCGGGCCGGCGGCCCCGACACCGCCCUGGCUGCCUCCUCGGCGGCGCAGGCCGAGCUGGCUGCGUGCGUGGCCCGCCACCCCCAACUGGGUGCCCAGCUGGCGGCGGGAGGGCUCGUGGACGGACUGCUGGCUGCCAUGCCGGUGUGGGCGCCCCGGGGUGCGGACGAGAUCUCGGGCUGGGAGGCGGCGCCCGGGGGCGGAGCCACGGAGCAGGACGUGGUGACGCUGCACGUGUUUGGUUCGCUGGCCUACGCCGCCCGCCUGGACACCGCCCCGUUCCUGCAUCAGCUGUGUGCGGCCGACCCCUUCGCCUGGGCCGAGUCGCAGAUGGCGCAGGGCUGCAUCUCCGAGCCGGACGCCUGGCUGCUGGAGCGGUACUUCCUCAGCAGGCACGUCGUGGGCGAGCCGCUGCCGCUGUGGUACGCCACCUGGGGCGUCAAGCAGGAGAUUGAGAAGUGGCUGGCCGGCCAGCAGGCCGCCACACUGGUCCACCGCCUGCUCAGGGCGCGCAGGUCGGGCGCCUCCUCGCCGACCGGCUCCGGCGCCGCCUCCACUGCCUCCGCCUCCAUCGCCGGCAGCAUCAGCAGCCUGGACUCGGUGGCGGGCGGUGAGGCGGGUGCGGGCGCGGCCAGUCGCGAGGCUGCGGUGGCGGAGGCACUGUUGCGGCUGGCGGCGGGCGCGGGGGCGGCACUGGGCCUGGCGCCUUCUGAGGCCAAGUCGCUGACGUGUCACAGCCAUGUGACGCUGUCGGAGCCAGAUCCGCAUGGCCAGGCUGCUGAUGCUGGUGCUGGUGCGCACGUGGCGGAGCUGGUGGUACGACACCCGUGUGGUGCCCCGGCGGCUGUGGCCACUGCGGCGGUGGUGCGGGACGGCGAGGACGUGGCGCUGUGCCUGAGACAGGCCAAGGAGCGACUGGACUGGUGCGCCUUCCUGCUGCGUGCAGCCGCCCCGACCACCUCGUCCUCAGGCGGCAGCAGCAGCAGCAGCAGCAGUGGCAGUCGCAGCUCCUCCGCCUCCAACUCCAAGGCGCUGGCCAAGCUGGUGGUGCUGCUGGCGGACCCCGAGGCGCCCCCCGCCGCCACUGCACUGGCGGGACCCGCACCCGACAGCGGCCUGGCGAUGUACCUGAGGGAGGCGGGCGUGCGGUGUGUGGUGGCGGAGCAGCUGCCGCCCGCACACCACCACCGCCAACACAACAACCAGCAAAAUCACCAUGACAGCUCGGUGGGCGCGCGCAGCGGGGACGGCGGGCAGGUGGGCGCGCAGGCGCUGGUGGGCAGCAGCGCGGCACGGCAGUGAGGCAGCGAGGAGGGCGGCGGCCACGGGGUUGAGCGCACCGAUUUGGUGCAGCGUUGGCACAUGCGACGUGUGUGCCUUGUACAGGACGAGCGGUCCUUGGUAGUUCAAUGAACGAAACAGACCAUGCACUAAAUGCAUUUUGAAAACUUGCACGAGGUGCAGCGAUGGGGCAACGCGGGCAUGGGGCAGCCGGGAGUGCACUAAUGCACGCCUCAUAACAUUCAGCGGGCCGUACCCGUGCGGGUGAGGAUUCGGGAUCCAUCUCCCCACGGCCGGCCCGGCGGCGCCCACCGAACGCCGCCCUUCUAAACCAGGUCUGCCCCGCCGCGCCUACCUUGCGCCGGGCAGAAACUACCCCCCGGACACGUCAAACUAUAAUAGCGUCGCCAUCAGGCCCUAAAAAUGCGUAUUGUCGGCGUAUACUUUUACUCACGUGAGCACCCGCAACCAGGUAACAGAUAGGUGGCGUUUUAGGUGUGUGGUACUGGGAUUGGUGGUGAUUGUUGGUGCGCUGUGUAUGUUUUGUGCUCAUCCGUUUUGAAGGACAUGUGGUUAUGCGAGUUUUGCAGGCUCAAGGGGUCGCAACAACCGGGAAGGGCAGUAAAUUCCUGCGCUUUUGCCAUGCCACCACGCGCUAUGGCUGGCUAGGGGGCGGCCUUCGACCCCGCAUGUCGGACACGUUUUGUUGUUUGUCGUUUUGAUUUGGUGGUGAAUGCGUUGAGAGUUGUCAUUGAAUAGGGAGCUGGAUUGUGGGUGGCCUAUGUACACGCGAAGGCAUGCCAGUGGGAGGCAACUAGCGCUCAAUUGCUCACAGCUUCUGCACUGGCUUAUGUACACGCGAAGGCAUGCCAGUGGGACUCCUAUCUUAAUGUCUCCAGACAUUAAUCGGCCAUUCUGGCCGUUUCCUAGACAUUCCUCCCGGGGGCUAAUGUCUGGGGCGAGACUUUGUUGGCCCGGGCAGGGUUGCCUAGUUCGUAGUACGCGUACUAUGUACUACGUACUGUACUACGUACUGUACGCUGCCCUCGUCGGCUAGUACGUUGGAAAAUACGUUGUGCUGGGGAAACCAGCGGGGUGGGCCGUGGCAGCGCCGUGGCUGGGCGAGGGGCGCGAGGGGUGCUGGAAAGGAUGUCCGUCGAAGUUUGCGAACC